CUCGUCAGCGGGCUGGAUAACGAGGACCUGUGGGCGCUGAUUAGAAGGUUUAAUCGGCAACUUUACCACGUCAGAGCAGUAGAAGGCCCGCUUCCUGGCGGCUUGGACCUGUGGCCGGCAGAUGAGGAAGAGUUUGCACCCGAGAAACUGCGCAGUCAGAUUGAGCGUGUGUAUGUCACGGUGUUCAUCGGUCUCGCAGCAUUCGCAAAGCACAUCGCGCGACUACGUUCGUGGAACGAGCGCAAUCGGACUAUUGCCUGGUUGGUGGGUUACUACGUCGCCUGGGCACUGAACAUCAUCUUCCCCGCCUUGCUGACCCUCAUCCUGACCCUCAUCCUUUCUCCCCCAGCGCGGGCGUUCCUCUUCCCCCCUGCGCCUCUCGCAGCAGUGUCCGCCUCGACGGGGACGCUGCAGCAACCGCGCUCCGGGCAACUCGACAGCAAGGACUCGUUGACGGGCGCGCCGGAGCGGUACCGCGGCGAGGCCGUCGAGCACGAGGCGUCGAACUUUGUCACGAGUCUCGCGGGGCUGGCGGCGGGCACGGCUAUCGGGAAGGGCCCGGAGGAGGCGCGGUCGGAUAGGAAGGCUGACGAGGGCGUUGUGGACAACGAGGCGCUGCCCGGCGCGGAUAAGGAACUUGGGCGGGGCGUGCCGGAUGUAGGCGAGAUGAUCGUGGGCGCGGGGGAGGUGAAGGAGGUGAGCAGCGGGAAGAAGCCGAAGGGGGAGGUGGAUAGCACGAAGGAGCCGGUGAAUCAGGCGAUGUGGGAGAAGACGCGCCCUGCGAUGAGAGCGGUUGCGGGUAUUGCGGAUGUUUGGGAGAUGUUUGCAAAUGCCUUGUCGCCCACUCCGCCGUUUGGUCACGCUGUCAGGUUUAGGCUUGCGGGGAUGAUUGCCCCGCUCGUGUUGGGAUCGUUGUUCCUGGACGAGAGGAUGGUGUAUCGUGGCACUACAUUUAUACUUGGGAUUGCAUUCUUCGGCCAGCCCGUCCUCGUCAGAGGCAUGGAAUGGUUCGUGAGGAAGGUUCCCAACUGGAGGUGGUAUCUUGAGCCGCGCAACACCUUCCUGAAAGGAGCGCCGACAAAUGCCCAGCUUACGCUUACUCUCCUAAGGAUUGCUGAAGCCCACAAGGCGCCACUGCCCCCUCCGCCAUCGCGCGAUGCGCACGAGCCUCCUCCGGAACGCCCGACGACCCCGGAGGAAAAGCCUAAGAAGCAGCACCGGCUCCUGAACUUCAUCAAGGGCACCGCGCGGACGGGCGUGAGCACGAUCCUGGGCGUAGACCAGGUGCGCGCGAAGACGAUCGGGGACGAGCACGCGAAGCGCCGGCUGGGGGUGCUGCACGGGCAUGACCACAAGUCCGAGCACUCGGAGGGCCCGACGGCGUUCAACUGCCGGUACGAGGGGAAGAAGGGCGUGGCGAUCAUCAGCACGCAGGCGACGAGCCCGUGCGUGUCGUUCGAGCCGGCGGGGAAGGACGACCCGAAGUGGAGCGUCGCGAUUAGCGAUAUAAGGGAGCUGAAGAAGGUGGGCGGCUUGGGGGCGAAGGGGAGGCUGGUCGUUGGGUAUGCGCUAGGGAUGGAGAUUGUGGAUGGGCUGGAGAUUGUGGACCGCGAGGGGAAGGCGAGACUGUGUACGGCGGUGGAGAAGAGGGAGGAGUUGUUUAACCGACUGGUUGCGCUGGAUGGUCAGAAGUGGGAGUGCUUGUGA